CGUCUUGCUGUCGCAACCUGGGCUCGCGGAUGAUUCUAUUGUUGUGGGAAAUUUGAAAGUGACGGCUGCGCGGGGCGUUGCCUUGAGAACGUCAGGACUCACAGUAGCAAAAUGGGCCUCUUCCCGACGUGCCCUCCUCCUCUUCCUCCUCCUUCUCUGGACCACAAGGCAAAGGGCACUCGUUCCGGGUGGAUGUGGCGGCAACGGGUGUCUGGCACCCCAUCCGGAACUUUGCGUGGUCCCCUGAGGAACCUGUGGCGGAACCGGCCCCGAGGUCCUCGGAUUCUGUCCGUGACGUCAGUGGACAAGCAUGGCUUAUUUCAGGAAGAUGGAAGUCAUCAACACCAUGGCCUUCCCAAUGAUACCAGUUGACGAGGACCUGGCCAUCUCACACACUGUGAGGAACGCGGUGAAGGCGGCUCUGAGGAAGGAUCUAGAUGAAAAUCCGCCCACGUGCUUCGUUGGCUCCUUCGAAAUGGUGCACCAAAGGAUGGCUGAAUUAGAUCUAGGUUCCGAAAUGAUGGCCGACUGCCUGGCAAUUGAGAAAUAUGAAUUGGAGAAGAAAGCUUUAAGAGAGAAAAAUCGCGGCAUCUUGGGAGACAGAAGUCUGACGGCAUUUUCAUGUGACAAGCUCCCCAAGAGCGAAAGAAAAUUGCCGUAUUCCAGCAAAGGCCCAAUGAAUGCCAAGUCUCUGAUUAUGAAAAGAAAAACAGCGGAUAAAAAUUUGCUGGUGGAGCUGUACCAGCCUCCAGAAUUUAACAGCUCUGGGCCAAAUGAGCUUCCGAAUGGGGUAGACUUCUGUGACAUGGUGGGCAAUGUGGUCCGGGCUGUGAGAAACCCCGUUACUGGCAAGUCUUUCUGUUUAGAUAGAGAACUAGAGAAGUUUCUCUGUUCUCCUUUGCCGCGAACCAUAUGGCUGGAUAGUUUCUGGUGGAUCUUUCAUGAAAGGUACCAGCCAAACAAGGAAGUCCAGAAUAAGCUGUUUGACCGGAUAUCUAGACACUACGCCUCUCUUUUGCUUCAUGACCCCAGGUCCCGCUAUGAAGAGGCUCUUUUAAAAAGGUUUCCGUCACUCCUGAGCCAAGCUUUGUACACCAGCUUCUGUUCCUGCUUUCCACAGUCCUUGUUCAACAUGCAUGAAUUCAAGUCUGACCUCUGUAACACUAUGAGCCUGUGGAUAUCAGGUAUCUAUCCUUGCCCACAGAGUUAUAAUGACUGGAACUACUCAGAACUGGAUCCAGAGAGGUUCUGGAGAGAAGAAUUACUGUCCCAUAGAAGAAGACUGAUAAAGGGAAGAAGGUUUUCUCUCUUCACUGGUAAGAAAUUCUCUUUGCCAAAGGAAUCCCAGAGGAAGAAAUUCUACCACCCUCUGGAGUCUCACGUAGGCUUUAAGAGGGGCUCUUCAGACAAGCAGAAUUCAGACGAAAACUCACAUAAGACUACAAAAGAGCCUCGUUCUGCCUUGACCUCGAGGAAAGCUACAAAGCAAGCUAAGAGAAUAACAGAAGCAAGAGAAUAUAAGGCUUUGUUACCUAAAAAGUCUCACCCUGCCUGCAGGAGCCCUGAGUUGACAUCAAAUCUCUUUAACAUCUAUGGGAAGAGCCCGCUGAUCCUGUACUACCUCCACAACUACUACACCCUGCAGCAUCAUGGCAAGGACGUGCUGAUGGUCAGGAGGGAAAGGACUGAGAUCACCCCUGAGUCCACCCUGACGUACGCUGACAUCAUCAGGCAGACCCUGAGCACCAUGAAGAAGCAAAAGGACGACUUCAGCCAGCUGACCUGGCUCCACUGGAAUGAAUGGAAUUAUUUUGAUGACUACCUAAAGGAGCUGAAAAGGAACUUCCUCAGGGAGGUAGAGAUUGUCAGUAAAAGAGCAGCAGAUAAAAAGAAGUUAAACCACGUUUUCAUCCCACCUUCGACCUUCAGUGACGAACGAUUUGUCAAUGUCAGAAGAUCUAGAGGAAGCUGUCAAAGAGAGGUUGCGUUUCUUUUAAGGAAGCAAAUGGUGGAGAGACAAAGAGAAGAGAAGCAGAAGUCAAACUGCUCCCCCUUCUCAUUCUUAAGCCCCGAGGAACCCUCUGCCCUGGAAUCAGGGAAACUCUGCAGUGUCUGUGAUGUUUCUGCUGCCAGUGGAUCAUUUUGUGAACGCUCUUCGGUACCCACAGCCCUCUCUGGAUAUGACUGCUCCAAACAAGCUCCAAGAAAGGUGAAGACCACCAAGAGGCCAAAAUCAAAGCAAGAAAAGGUGGUAUACGUCACUGACUUCUCACUUUCCAUCUCACCUGAAAGAAUCCUUGUCUAAUAUUGAGAGAAACCUUAUAGGUGAAGUCUGUACAUGAAGUUGAAUUUAACCUAAAAAAGAAAUAACAAAACAAAGCAAAAGUAAUAUUGCAACUAGGGACACAUUUAGUCAUUUCCAGUUCAUGGGACUGAGAAUGUGAAAGUUCACCCCUAUCCUGGGCCAAAGGCAGGAUUUAAAUAAAAGUUAAGUCACUCCAUUCAUUCAUGAAUUUGCUUACUAAUUCUUUCAUUUACUUAUUAGCAAUAACACUAUGGCAUAUACAUUCUUAUUACAUAACCUAAUAAUUGUAAUCAUAAGAAAUAUUGUUUAUUGAGCACUUGCUACAUGCUGAGUGCUCUGUUAAGUCCUUUAUAGACAUUACCUCUUGGAACCUCCUGAAGGCCCCCUGAGAUGGGUGUUGUUACCUCUCUGUCUUGUAGGAGGGCAGGGGUUUAGAGAGGUUGAGCAAGCAUGCCUUAGAUAUC